AUGGUGGCACUGCAAGGUUCAGGUUUAUUAGUUGCCGCUCAGGAUGCUACAGAAGAUGAGGAAGCUGCGGAAGAUACUGUAGUUGAAGAUGAAGAUGAUGAAGCUGAAGUUGAAGAAGAUGAGCCAACAGACUUGACAGAAGAAAAAGAGGAAGAAGACUUGUCAGGAGAACCUAAAGCCUCACCUAGUGCUGAUACAACCAUCUUAUUUGUGAAAGGUGAAGACUUUCCAGCGAACAACAUUGUAAAAUUUCUGGUGGGCUUCACCAACAAGGGUACAGAGGAUUUCAUUGUCGAGUCUCUCGAUGCUUCUUUCCGGUAUCCUCAAGACUACCAGUUUUAUAUCCAGAACUUCACAGCUCUCCCUCUGAAUACAGUAGUUCCACCACAGAGACAAGCCACAUUUGAGUACUCUUUCAUCCCUGCUGAGCCUAUGGGUGGUCGUCCGUUCGGACUAGUUAUCAAUCUCAACUACAGAGAUGUAAACGGCAAUGUGUUUCAAGAUGCUGUCUUCAAUCAAACCGUUACGAUUAUUGAAAAAGAAGAUGGGCUGGAUGGAGAAACGAUCUUCAUGUACAUGUUCCUUGCUGGACUUGGUCUACUCGUCAUUGUCGGCCUACAUCAGUUGUUAGAAUCUAGGAAGAGGAAAAGACCAGUACAGAAAGUAGAGAUGGGAACAUCAAAUCAGAAUGAUGUUGAUAUGAGCUGGAUUCCCCAGGAAACUUUAAAUCAAAUAAUGCAGAGUAGAAGAGAUAAAGCUUCACCAAGGAGGUUGCCCUACAAGAGGGCACAGAAGAGAUCAGUGGGCUCUGAUGAGUAAAUGUUAACUAGUACAACAGUUGAACCUUUACUAAUCCUGCCUGUUUGGGUUUUUUGGAUUGGAGUAGUGCAGAGAAUCCGUAUCACCAUAAGGAAAAUACUGCUAAACAUUUGGACUGAACAGAUUAACAGAACGGUGUUAAUAUUACUGAAAAUGCACUUCUCUUUUUUUUUUUUUUUCGUUAAUUGUUGGGGAGGGUGGGGGGGAGGUAACCAUUAAGAUUUGUGCCUGCGUGUGUAAGCAGUUGGUCUUAACAGAACCAUGUUACCUGAAAUGUGCCUUUAGAGUUCUUUGUAAUGCUGGCUUGUCAUCUGUACACUCUUUGAAGGAUUUUUCUCGUCUCCCUGACCUGAAUGUCUAGUGACUUAAUCUGUCUUGAUUGUAUCAUGUCUGUAUCAGAAUCUGUAUGCAUUUUUCUUUUGCAAUAGGUAACUUUAUUCUCUACAGUGUGCACACACUGAAGUUCGUGUGUGUGGUCCUAUUUCGGUGGUGAGGCCCUGAUCAUCUAGAUUUCUGCAUAGUUUGCAUUCUAAAGGCACAAUUGGGUAUAGCUGCUCAUAGUGGUAGAUAUUUUGCUGCCGUUUUGAUCUGGGCAUGCAGUGACCUAAAAAUCUGAACUUAUCUGCAUAGAUGUUAGGAAGACUCUUACACAGCAGCAGAACUUGUGAAGCAUGGAUUUUGUGUGCUGAAUUGGUAUUACUACAUAAAUUUUUUUUUUUAUACCCAACUUGUUAAAUGGUUAGUUAUUGAGUCGUGCCAGCAGCUUAGGUAUUCUGAUUAUAGUGGUAGCUCUGCAAUGUUUACUCAAGAAAUUAUUGAAUAAGCCCGAACAACUUUUCAGUAAGUUCUUGGUUCUCUCACAAAAACUAGAAUGUCAUAUGUAUCAAAAUGUGGACUUUUCUUAAAGCUUUACAUGGGGGGGCAAGGACUUUGUAUUUACUGUACACACUUGAAAAUGAAUUUGAAAAACUGUUGGCUUCAAAUCAUCUUUUUAAAUGGCAGACUA